AUGGCCAAUGAACCUGUCAUCCUUAACGUGUAUGAUAUGUACUGGAUAAACGAGUACACUUCCAAUCUGGGUAUUGGAGUCUUCCACUCAGGCAUUGAGAUUUAUGGCAGAGAAUUUGCAUAUGGGGGGCAUCCGUACCCUUUCAGCGGCAUUUUUGAAAUCAACCCUGGGAAUGCCGCUGAACUGGGAGAGACAUUCAAAUUCAAGGAGGCGAUUGUGUUGGGCACAACAGACUUCACAGAGGAGGACAUAGAUAAAAUCAUGGAAGAGCUCGGUAAAGAGUUCAAAGGCAACGCCUACCACCUCAUGCACAAAAACUGCAACCAUUUCUCCUCCUCGUUGUCUGAGUUGCUGUGUGGACGGGAAAUCCCUCGCUGGGUCAACAGACUGGCCUACUUCAGCUCCUGCAUCCCCUUCUUGCAGAGCUGCCUACCCAAGGAGUGGUUAACCCCGGCAGCCCUGCAGAGCCACAUCAGCCUCGGCCUCCACAAAGAGGAGCAUAACGAGUCGGGUGACGACGACCCUUCGUCCCCGUCCGGCGCCGGGGCCACCGGCUCCUCCCACAGCUGUCGCCACACGAGGGUGUGA